AUGUCUGUCCCUUACCUCAUCAACGGCCCAAAUGGCCACAUCCCCGCAUCAGAGAAAAUCCCCGUCAUCGCACGACCUUUCGUGAGCGAGAGAGCUAAGAAGACUCUAGACCUGGUUGAGCGUUUCGUCGAGGAGGAAUGUAUCCCCGCAGAUGCCGUCUUCGCGCAACAGACUGGCCAAGGUACUGUGGCCCGCUUCGAUGCGCACCCUAAGGUGAUCGAAGACUUGAAAGCCAAAGCGAAGAAGCUUGGGUUGUGGAACAUGUUCCUACCCAAGAACCACUUCAAGGAAGGUGCCGGAUUCAGUAAUCUUGAAUAUGGCUUGAUGGCCGAGUAUUUGGGUAAGAGCGUCACAGCUAGUGAAGCCACCAAUUGUGCUGCCCCCGAUACUGGCAACAUGGAGGUCGUUGCCAAGUACGGCACCGAGGAGCAGAAGAAGCAAUGGCUUGGGGCUCUGUUGAACGGCGAGAUUCGAUCUGCUUUCUUGAUGACGGAACCCCAAGUCGCUAGCAGUGACGCUACAAAUAUCGAGCUGGAUAUGAAGAAAGAUGGUGACUAUUGGAUUCUAAAUGGCCAGAAAUGGUGGUCAAGUGGAGCUGGCGACCGCCGGUGUAAGCUCUACAUCGUCAUGGGAAAGUCAGACCCAAGCAACCCCAAUAAACAUAAACAACAAUCCGUCAUCCUCGUCUCAGCAGAUACCCCCGGCAUCACCAUUGAGCGUAUGCUUUCUGUCAUGGGCUUCGAUGAUGCCCCUCAUGGCCACGGUCACAUUACAUUCAAGAAUGUCCGUGUGCACAAGAGCAAUAUGGUCCUCGGAGAGGGUCGUGGCUUCGAAGUCGUUCAGGGACGUCUAGGACCUGGCCGUAUUCAUCAUGCGAUGAGAUCCGUCGGCUCAGCUGAGAGAGCCCUGGAAUACUUCCUCGCCCGUCUGAACGAUCCAGCCAAGAAACCCUUCGGCAAGCAAUUGUUCGAACACGGCAUCAUGCUCGAACGUGUCGCUAGAUCACGGAUUGAAAUCGAUGCUUCACGUCUCGCAGUACUGAAUGCUGCCAUCAAGAUCGAUCAGUCGAACGCCAAGGACGCACUCAAGGAGAUCUCGGAGGUCAAGGUUCAAGUUCCUCAAAUGCUCUUGGACGUCCUUGACCGCGCCAUCCAGGCCUACGGCGGCGCUGGUGUCUCUCAAGACACCCCUCUAGCUCAAAUGUGGUCCUCAGGUCGAACCAUGAGAAUUGUGGACGGACCUGAUGAAGUGCAUAUGCUUCAGUUGGGACGCAACGAGAACAAGAGAGGACCAAGCUUGUUGAAAAGGAUUGAAGCACAAAAGGCGAAGACCCGAGAACUCCUCAAGUUCUACGGCCUGCAGGAAAAGGAUGUGUUGGAGCUGAAGCGCGUUAGUCCUGGAUCCAAAUUGUAG